AUGCAAUUUCCUCCAGAUGAUACCACCAUUGAGAUACAAGAAAAGCAUAUUCUACAGCGAGAGCUGAAAGAAUUCUGGGGAAAACACUAUGAUUCUCUCCGCAAAUUUAACGCAAACCUUCUUGCAAUAGCUGGCACGCAAGCUAUGCCUGGGAUGGUCUUGGUCAGGUUGGACAUUGCAAUACGUAUGGAGCUUUGCAGAGAGGGCAGGAGCAAGAUAUGCCACAGCGUGCUCUCCAAAAACCCAGCUGUUACCCUGCAAGGGGAUGAGCUCACCAUAGAAGGUUUCAAGGCUUUUUUUGAGGCAUUCCCUCGAAAGGAUUGCAAUGCCGGUCAAUCUUUGACAGAGUUUUUCCAGAUUUUCGUCAAAGACAAAAGGAUUAGAAAUAUGGCAUGGGUUUACGUGCUAUGGAGGAAAGGGCUUGAUAGAAAAUCUAUCAUAGCAUUGCUCGAGCCGUAG